AUGAUCAACCCAUAUUACUACGAUUCCCCUCAAAAAGUUUCAACGAACCAACACCAAGAAGACAGCUGGGAAGAGACAAAAAAAGAUUUAAUGAAAGGGCCAUAUCUUCUAAAACGGAAGACUGGUGGACCAGAGGAGGACGAGAGUUCUGACAGAGUGAUGAUGAUAGUUGCUAUCACUUUAAUCUCCGUUGCAUUCUUAUCCACACUAUACGCCUUUUUCCAUCUCCCCCUCGUCUUCUUCUUAACCACACCAAUCCCACUCUUCACUUUCGCGUGUUUAGUCUUCGCUUAUUACAAAGCCGUCACGACUGACCCGGGGAGAUGUGUCGGGUACAAUCCAAAUAAGUCUGAAGAAGACAAGAAAGCUGCAAUAGAACGGGAGACGUUUGGUAAAGAAAAAGGCUUUAAAAUAGUCGAUAUAGGGUAUCCAGUAAGGUACUGUACAACGUGUCAGGGGUUUAGGUGUGAGAGAGCUUAUCACUGCAAGAAGUGCGGUUCAUGUAUCAAGAAGAGAGAUCAUUGUCCGUGGAUUUCACAGUGUGUUGGAGAGAACAAUUUGAGAUAUUUUGUACAGUUUUUGAUGCUCGUUCCGCUUAACUGUCUUUUUGGAGUUUUAAUUCAGAUUGGAUAUAUCAUCAAAAUGCUGGCAGGUUUCGGGAAAGGGGAGUAUUCUGCCGACGUGUUUUUUAUGAUAAUUGCUGUGGUAAUCACGAUAAUCAUGUUUUCAAUGGGAUUUGCAGUCGCUACUCUCAUGGUCAAUCACGUCGGAAUGGUUCUGGAAAAUACAACAUCGAUGGAGGAGAUUGAGAAGACGAGAUAUGAUUACUUGACGCAUGACAAAGCUCCGUUUUUCCCAAGUUAUUCAACAACAAAAUACAGAAAUUGGAAAGAGGUAAUGGGGGGUAAUGUAUUAGUGUGGUUGAUCCCAUUUUUUGCAAACCCAAACAGCACAGAAAGUAAAAAUACGGUCGAUGUCUUGGUCGAUGAUCAGAAUGUAGAAGUCAAUAUACAGAAUGAGUGA